GACUCAAGUAUUAUGGGCGGAAAAUAGUUUGGAUGAUGUGUUUUGCCAGCGUGUCUCUACGGUUUCAGUUGUAACAAUGGAUAAGUGUAAGCACAUAGGACGUCUGCGACUGGCCCAAGACCACUCCAUCCUGAAUCCUCAGAAAUGGCACUGCGUGGACUGCAACACCACCGAGUCCGUCUGGGCGUGCCUCAGCUGCUCCCACGUGGCCUGUGGGAGAUACAUUGAAGAACACGCACUAAAGCACUUUCAGGAGAGCAGUCACCCCGUGGCGCUGGAGGUCAACGAGCUGUACGUUUUCUGUUACCUCUGUGAUGAUUAUGUUCUCAACGACAACGCAACUGGCGAUUUAAAACUGUUGCGAAGCACGUUAAGCGCAAUCAAGAGUCAAAACUAUGAGUGCACUACUCGCAGUGGGAGGACUUUGCGUUCUAUGGGUACAAGUGAUGAUUCUUACCUUGCACAUGGUGGUGCCCAGGCCUUGCUUCGGAGUGAGGACCGCAUGUUCACGGCUCUCUGGCACCGGCGGCAUGCCUUCCUGGGCAAAAUAUUCAGGUCGUGGCUUCAGCUGACACCUACUGGAAAAAGGAUUUUGGAAGAAGAAAGGCGUCAAGAAGAAGCAGAAGAAAGAAGGGACAAAGCUAGGAAGAGAAGACAAGAACGAAAGCGUGAGUUGAAAGCAGAGAUGGAAAAGAUGCCUCCAAGGAAGAGCAGUCGUUUACAAAAUCAGAUUAGAACGUCCUCAGAAACGGCACCCUACCUGCAAAAACCAUCACAGAACAUGGGAUCUGUGCCAGGGUUGGAAAAAACGUAUACCUCAGAUGAAGUAAGGUUGAAAAAAAUAAGUGACUCUCCUAUUAAACGAAGGCCCACCAUGACUCCUGGGGUAACAGGACUGAGAAACCUGGGAAAUACAUGCUACAUGAAUUCUGUCCUGCAGGUAUUAAGUCACUUACUUAUUUUUCGAGAAUGUUUUUUAAAGCUUGAUCUCAACCAAACUCAGGAACUGCUGGCAACAGCAACCAAUGGUAAAACCAGAUCUUCAUCUAAACACCUGUCAAUAGCUGCCUCAACAUUACGUGUGAAUGAGAGUCAAGAAAAAGUAAAGGGAUCGUCUUCUGUAAGGCGGCCUAGUUUCUCCUCUGGAUUAAGUGGAGGAGCGUCAAAAAGUAGAAAUAUGGAGCUUAUUCAGCCCAGGGAGCCCAGUUCAAAGCAUAUUUCUCUCUGUCAUGAGCUGCAUACUCUGUUCCAAGUUAUGUGGUCUGGCAAAUGGGCACUGGUGUCUCCUUUUGCCAUGCUUCAUUCUGUGUGGAGACUAAUUCCAGCCUUCAGAGGAUAUGCCCAGCAAGAUGCUCAGGAAUUUCUGUGUGAACUUUUGGAUAAAGUGCAGCAGGAGCUGGAGACUACAGGGACCAGAUACCCAGCUCUCAUCCCUGCUUCUCAAAGAAAACUUAUAAAACAGGUUUUGAAUGUGGUUAACAACAUUUUUCAUGGACAGCUAUUAAGUCAGGUUACGUGUCUUGCCUGUGACAAUAAAUCAAAUACUGUAGAGCCUUUCUGGGACCUGUCCCUGGAGUUUCCUGAGAGGUAUCACUGCAAUGGCAAGGAGAUGUCGUCCCAGUAUCCCUGUCUGCUGACGGAAAUGCUGGCCAAGUUUACAGAAACCGAAGCUUUGGAAGGAAAGAUCUAUGCAUGUGAUCAGUGCAACACAAAACGAAGAAAGUUUUCUUCUAAACCAGUUAUACUCACAGAAGCUCAGAAGCAGCUUAUGGUGUGUCGGCUACCUCAGGUUCUCAGAUUACACCUUAAACGGUUUAGGUGGUCAGGACGCAAUCAUCGUGAGAAGAUUGGCGUACACGUUAAUUUUGAUAGAAUGCUGAACAUGGAACCUUAUUGCUGCAGAGAGUCCCUCAAGUCCCUCCUGCCUGACUGCUUUAUCUACGACUUGUCUGCUGUGGUCAUGCAUCACGGGAAAGGAUUUGGCUCAGGGCACUACACUGCUUACUGCUACAAUUCAGAAGGAGGAUUCUGGGUACACUGCAAUGAUUCGAAGCUCAACAUGUGCACUAUGGACGAAGUAUGCAAGGCUCAAGCCUACAUUUUGUUUUACAGCCAACGACUUACUCAGGCAAAUGGGCGUGGCAAAGUGCCGCGUCCUAGCACGGCUGACAGCCAGCAGCACGCGGGGCCAGCUGCCUGCUCCGCGGGCAACAGCAGCAGCUAAUCCAAAGCCAGGUAACUGUGUGUAUGGUAAAAGUUCAUAACGAUAUAUUUUUAAAUGAAAUUAAAGUACAGUGUUGUACUUUUUUACUUCAAACCCCUGUACAAUGAUUAUAUACUUUUGUAUUAGUUGAAGUACUCCUUGCGAUUGUUAGUAAAAGUUUUUAUUGACAGUAAGUAACUUUCUAGGAUUUCAAUACAGCUAUUUUUUUAAGAAAAAGAUUGCUAUUUGCAGUUAACUCUUACCUCAGGCUGUUUUUUUUUUUUAAGCUGGUUUUGUAUUUUGAUAAUCUUUUUGAAUUGGUUUAGAAAAAUUACUUUUCAAUGGGCAA